AUGCCCAUAGAUCUCAACAUUCCUCCUGAUCAACAUGGAGAGCUCUUACCUGAUCUCAAUGAAGAACCUGCACAUGAGGAAGAUGAAAUCGCUCAUCUCCAGGAAGAUCAACUUCAUGAAGAUGAAGCCCAACUUCCAGAUCAACAUGGAGAGCUCUUACCUGAUCUCAAUCAAAAACCUGCAUAUGAGCAAGAAGACAAAAUCUCUCAUGUCCAGCAAGAUCAAGUUUAUGCAGCUGAAGCCCAUUUCCAAGGUCAGCCCCUACAUCUUCAUCACAAUGAACGCCUUGGUAUGCAUGUCAUCGAUCUCGACGCCACGUAUCUUAGCGUCGAGCUCGGCGCUGCAGAUCUUGACGCCGAACAUGAAUAUACUGUAGGUCCUUCGUGGUUGGGUGACGCGCCAGUGCCUCCGACAUAG